AUGCAGGAGAUGUUUCUCUCCUCUGUGUUGCUCCCUCUCACCGAGAAGACCGGUGAGGUGGAGCGGGUCGAUGAGUUGCUCGGUAUGCUGGAGCAUUGCUUCAUCGACGCCUUCAAGCUGAGUCCCUCAUCUGGCAACAAGAGCGACGCUGAUCCCCAGAGUAACGCCAGCGGUACCUCCAGUUCCUUGUUUCCCUUCCCUUCUUCAACGCUAGACGCGGGUGAGGAGGCGAAGCUGCUUGCCGUGCGGGCUGUGGCAAAGUUUCACCGCACGGGGGCGGCGCGUCACAGCUACUUCUUUCGGACGCGUGACUACCACCCACACGCGGCGCUCUUUAUUCUCGAGCUGCUUAAGUCUCUCAACGGUAACUCGCAGCACUGGUUUCGGCAACUGCAACUGGACAGCUUAGAUGCAUGCCUGGCUAUUUUGGAGGUGAUAGGGAUGGAAAACGUGCGACUAUGUCUUCCCGGCGUGGUGUCAGUGGCUGUGCGCUACAUCCACCGUGCCCAUCACGGCAAGGACUCGACCAAGGUAUGUCUGAGCGCGAUCAAGCUGCUUUGCACUGCACUGACGAUUGCGUUUGGAGCCGCGGAGCCGGAGACGUGGGUGCAGGACGCCGAGGUGCAUUUGGCUAGUGCGCUGCGCUCCAUUUUUGUGCCCUCGGUGCUCGUUCGGAGUGCCCACGCUCCUGUUACGGUUGCUGCGCUGAAGUCGCUCAUCGUCUCGGUGCUGCUGUCGUCGGCCAUGACGGAGCGCACCAACACACCGCUGGGCUCGCUGCUGAUGGUGGCCUACGCGAUUGUGGAGAACAUGGAUCACCUGCACCACCUCGGGGACGACGUUGUUGGCGCGGUGGAGGCAGCCUCUUCGAUUGUGUGCACUGGUAGCAGUCUGCGCAACUCUACGGAUGACGCACGCAUGAACACCUUGAUGGGCAGUUCCUGGGCUGUGCUUGCCGUCACCGAGGCGCUGCAGUACCUGAGAGGGGUGGAGCUGCUUCAUCUCGCCACGACGGUUGCACGGGCACCGGGGCUGCGCGACCGCUUUUUCCCCUUGCAAGCCCCACCCCAGGCGGCGUCGUCGACGGCAGAGUCGCCAGACGUCAGCGAGUUGGCGGUUUCUAUCUUUCUGUCUGUCGUUCGUAAGUGCGUCCGCGUUGUUGGCACCGAGAUGGAUGAAGCGGCCCUGUACACCCAUCGCCGCCCGCGCAAGUACCCCGCCGGUGUCGUGGACGAGUUUCUUUUUUGCCUUGCUGGUGCCCUCGCCAGACUUCCGACGGUUGCUACGCUGACGCCAGACUGCCGCGACGACGACUUCGGUGACGGGAAUGAGACUGUUGGAGAGCGCUUGACGAACGCGCUGCUCACCGAGUAUGACGCAGUGCUGCAGGACUGGGACGCCUACGCGGUGCACCCAGCCGUGCUGUACGUGCUGCCGCGGCUCGUUGUGUGGCAAUUUCACCCACUGCAAGUCCUUCGCUCUCUGCCGAGCUGCUUUCCUCCUCCCACGGCGGGUAUGGUGGUCCCUAAUGAUGAGGCAACGAGGUCUUGCAUGUAUCCACAUCCAGCGGACCUGACUGCGGGGUCGUUCGAGCAGCUCUGGAGCAUUGUGGCGCAGCCCCAUCUCUGGGCCGUGACUCAAGAUGAGGCGCUGUGUACCUAUCAACAAGUGCACCAUCGGCAGGUGGUCGCUGCCACGCUGCUGCGAAUUCUCGCCUUGUCGGCUGAAGUACUCGCGUGCGGCGACUGGACAACCACAGAGAGGCCGGAUGCGGAGAGGGCCGAGGCCCUUGAGCGUCUCUUCACCUUGACGCUCUACCUUGUCCUCGAGAAGGCCGCUGCCAGUGGGAUACUGCAUGAGGCAGCAUUGCAUUGCGUCGAGGUGUACAGCGCUGCCUGUGGAGAGACGGACACUCUUCUGUUCCUGCUGCGUCACUCUACCCUUAUCGUGGAUGAGACGGCGCGGGCGGUGAAGGAGGAGCACCUGCGGCCUGCGGCAGCAAGUGUUCUGCGCGGCAGUCUCGCUUUAUUAGAGCGCCGCUUCAUUCGAGGCGGGGAGGGCAGCAGCAACGACCACGCAGCGUUGGGUUUCAGCGGCGCUAACCUCACUGCUCUCGUGCGUCAACGGCUCUCCGUGGCUGCAAUGUCGGCCAGCUUCACACGGGGGUCUACCAAGAUGGUCUCCCUGGAAGAGGCCGCACAGGUGGCAGACUUUGUGUCGAGUACUAUUCACGUGGCGCGCGAGGCCCUUCAGCUGUGCAGCCGCUACGACAGCACAGUCGCCGCAGAGGACGUGAUUGGCCGCAGAGCUGCGCUAUCCCUGCUGCGCGACGCGUUAGACCUCGCAGCGUACCUCAACUACUGUGUUCCCCAGGAGGCUAUGUGCGAAGAGCAGGAGCGCCACACCACCUCGGCGCAUGUUCGCGUGCGGGCACUUCAAUCGGUGGUGCUGGAGGCUGUGUACGCGGUGUUGCAGCACUGCACACUGCACGACCAAGUGGCCGCCAUUGCUGUUCAGACGGCGGUACGUGGGCUCACGUGUUUCCUGACAACCACUGCGGCUCUGACGUGGGCCGAUGUGACGCGGCAGCGCCUCAUUAGCGAGGCGGAAGAGCGUCGACGGUUGAUGCAGCGCAGUCGACGUGACGGACACAAAGCGCGUCUCAUGGCGGGCGAGGGCGAAGAGGACGGCACAGCCGAGGACGAGUCCGACGACGACCCCGGCAGGACUUCCCUUCCAACUCCGCCUCCCAUCGACUGGCCAUGGACGCAUUACGCGCCAACUGUCGUGGUCGCGGCGGAGGCGGCGACUAGCGUCGAAAUUGGGCUCCCCCGCAGCCAUCUCCACACUAUCUACCGCGUGUACCUUUCCCUCUUUGCGCUGCUGCGAGAGCCCAUGGCCGCCUUUGGGACCAUUGCAGCCGAGCCACACGCCCGUGCUGAAGUGGAGCGGCGCAACCUCGGCAAUGUUGUCGUUACCCCGGCUCUAUUUGAGACGCUGAGCGGACUCGAGGCGAUUCGCCUGCUCGCCUGCGAUUUUCUGCUGCAUCGCAUGGUGGACGAGGUGCUGCCGCUGGUCCUGUUGUGGCACGAGCGAGCGCGUCUGUCUCGCAUUCCGACUCACACAGAGGAGCGCGCCAAGCUGGCGACGCAGCAGUUCGUGGAGCACCUCUACGAAGACUGCCGGGACUCUGCCGAGUUGCACGAGUCGAUGAUGACCAAGUGCCGCUGCUUCGAUUUGUGCACCACUCCGCCCCCAAAGCCAGGGGUUUCUAAUCCGCAGCUGUGA